CUUAAUUCCAUCUGCAAAAUCCCUUCACUACAGCACCUAGAUUUAGAGUUUGAUUGGAUAAGUGGAAGGUUUGUGUACUUCAGUAAGUAGGAAUCUUGGGGGCUCUGUUAGAAUUCUGCCUAUUGCUAGCAGUGUCCCCACUUCAAGGACUGAAGUGUCUUAGUUCCUAAAACUCCUAAGAGAGUUUAUCAGUGUUCAUUUUAUUUCAGUGACCUUGGUGAAUGGGAAGACGACCACCUCUGUGAGCAAGAAUGGCACCCAGCUUCCUGAGUCCACAGUGUGGCUCUGCUACUUAGUGGUGUGACCUUGGCUGUGCUGCUCUACUUACUCUACUUCUCUGCCUCUGUUUCCCUCAUCUGUAAACUAGGGCUUCCCUGGUGGCGCAGUGGUUGAGAGUCCGCCUGCCGAUGUAGAGGACACGGGUUCGUGCCCCGGUCCGGGAGAAUCCCACAUGCCGUGGAACGGCUAGGCCCAAGAGCCAUGGCCGCUGAGCCUGCAUGUCCGGAGCCUGUGCUCCGCAAUGGGAGAGGCCACAACAGUGAGAGGCCCGUGUAACGCAAAAAAAACAAAAACAUGGAGUUAGUGAUCGUUCUUUCCUCGUAGGGUUUUUUGUUUUAUACAUUUAUUUUAUUUAUUUAUUUUUGGCUGCGUUGGUUCUACGUUGCUGCUCGCGGGCUUUCUCCAGUUGCGUCGAGCGUGGGCCUACUCUUCAUUGCAGUGCGGUGGCUUCUCUUAUUGCGGAGCACAGGCUCUAGGCGCGCAGGCUUCAGUAGUUGUGGCACGUGGGUUCUAGAGCGUAGGCUCAGUAGUCGUGGCACACGGGUUUAGUUGCUCCGCGGCAUGUCGGUUCUUCCCGGACUAGGGCUCGAACCCAUGUCCCCUGCACUGGCAGGCGGAUUCUUAACCACUGUGCCAGCAGGGAAGCCCCCUUUUAGGGUUUUGAUGAUUAGAUUAUUUCAUACCCAGGGAACUCCAGGAACAGUGCUUGACUGUGAAUUGCUUUAAAAGUGAUUACUUUUUAAAAACAUGCUUUUGAAUCUGCAGUUAGGCAAUUCAGGUAUGUUAAGCAUGUUCAUUAAUAGGACUUCCUGCUAUAAAGAGACCCACAAAUAAAAAUAGAUUUUUUUUUUCUUGGUCUUAACUUCUUAUUUCUGACUUACUAUGUUAUACGCAUAUGCCUUUUAUGGUGGGCUGCCACAAAUUUAUGUUGGAAAGAGUGGAAUUUAAAUAAAUCUUACCUAUGCUAAUUUGAUAGAUUUUGAUAAUUUAUUUCACUAGCAUGGUAUGAUAUUACAAGUAGCAGACUAAAAUCUGAGUUCACUUCUGGCUCUGCCCCUAAAUCCUGAUGAGACCAAUAGCUGGAAAGGCUUUUGGAUAUUAUACUAUGAAUUAGUUAUAAUAUUGACUCUGUUUGUUUAGGAAAACCUGGAGGAGUGCCUAAAGCAGUUAAAGGAGGAAAGAGUAAUAAGUAAGUAAUAAGUAAUAAGACUGAAGGCUGAUAAACGAGUCAGUGAGGUAAACAAGUUUCUUCUUCUGCUUUAGAGAGUGUUUUGGUUUUAUUUUGAUUUGAUUUUAAUCCAUAUACACAUAAUUUGUAAGCUUUAAAACUGUAAUAUGUUGCAAAUUGGUUGUAUCAUAUGGACUUUUGCAUUUACUGGUAUUUAGUGAUCAUAUGAUCUAAAUUCCAGAAAGCAUGUUUUUAAAAAUGUGAAAAUCUGGUUUUGUGUAUGUGUGUGUGUGUGUGUGUGUGUGCGCUUUUAUAUGACAUUAGCUUAUUUCCUGUUCAUGAUUCUUUGAUUCAAGAAGGCACUUUUUGUGCAUAUACUGUAUAUACAGUAACAUAAAAGACACGAUGAGACUCUUCUGGCAAUGAAUUAGGAAAGUGAAUCCUUUAAAUAAAUUUAAGAUAUUGGAAAACUUCUAAGAAUGCAAUGAAAGAUAAAAAUAUAUACUAUGAGAAUUACAUUUGGUAAUGUGCAUGAAAGCAGGGCAUAAUCUAAAAAGUUCUAUCUAAAUAUAAUUUAUCACAGGGUGAGUGUAGGGAGGAAUUUUUGAAAGUGCAUCCAUUGGAUUGGCGGACACUCAUUCAAUAAAUGUUGAGCACCUGCUCAUGUAAGGCAAAAGGGGCAUCAUGAACAUUAAUGGCCUUUCUGAGAAAUACUAGAGAUGAGCUUACAGGGGGUUUUAAGUGCAUAGAUGAUGAGCGAAAGGGGAAGAGUGCACAGGGGUGAAUAUUUUCAAGAAGCCAAAGAAAAUAUUGGUGAUUGUACAUUUAAUAAAUUGGGUUGGGUAUGAUUUAGGACUUUUAAACGUAAGCAUUAGAUAUUUUGCUCACUAAAGUUAAUUCUUAACAUUCAGCAGAGUUGUAAUAUGUUUUAUUCAAAUCAGAUUCUAUAUUUCAUUUUCUAAUUUAAGAGAAACUUAAAGCAGGUAAUUUUCUAAUGUGGAAUGAGGCUCCGUUAUGAAUUGAACUAGUUAGAAAUGUGAUCUUUUGUGAAAGAUCAUUAAUAAAACAAUAACUUUGGUUUAUUUAUAUACCACCUAAGUGUUAUAUAGGAAACUUUGUUGGGUGCCUGUGGGUUUUGGUUACUAUGUGAUAUGGUCUCUGUCUUUACUGGUGGAGAGUUAGGUUAAUUACAAAUUAAUUACAUCUUGAGUGUUUUAGUUUUGUUCCUUGAAAAUAGGCAAGACUACUUUUGAUGACAAUGAGAAAAAAUUAUGUCAGACAUUUUUAGUCUUCUUUUAUAGCUGGAACAUGAAAAUGCCCACUUAAGAAAUAUGAAUUUCUCUUUGUCUGAAGCCCUUCAUGCCCACUCAUUGACAAGCAUGAUCCUGGAUGAUGAAGGUGUUUUGGGCAGCAUUGAGAAUUCUUUUCAGAAGUUCCAUGCUUUCUUGGAUCUCCUUAAAGAUGCUGAGCUUGGGCAGCUGGCCACAAUGGCUGACAUAGAUGAGUCAGAUUUUCAUUUACUAGGUCGUCCCCAGAUGAAUUCUACUGUUAGUAGUCCACGUAAAGAAGAAAAGAAGGCACUUGAAGAAGAAAAAUCAGAAUCAAAGCAGAGUGCCCCAGGACUAACGCAAAAUCUCCAAUUUCAGAAAAUUACAGGUGAUGCUGGGAUUCCUUUGCCUCUCAACUCCUUCCAUGUCCCAGUCUCUACUCAGGAGGCCUUAGAAACUUCCAAAGACAACCUGGGGGUCGCAGUCACAGAGCAGUGGCAGGAGUCUUUUGAAGAUUUCAUUGCUAGAACAUGUUCUCCUUCAGCAGAUGUCAUUUCUGGAACUGGAAGUCAAAGAAAAGAAGAGGAAUUAUCUAGAAAUAGCAGGUCUUCUUCAGAGAAAAUGAGCAAAGUGGGUGAAUAUACGAAAAACUACUCUGCUAAGAAACAACCUGGGAAGGACCUGCAUUCCUGUUCUGACUCACCUGUAAAGCAGAAAAGCAAAGGAAUUGGGCAAAAUAAUUCUUUGGUUAAUAAACCAAUUAAAAGUGAGUCUUCGAAAAAACACAUUUCUGUUAAGAAAGAGAGUAGAAUAGUGACUUUCAUCAAAGACAACUAAAAAGUAAACUCAAUCUACUAGAACAUUCUGAAAGUGAUACUCCUGGAUCUGAUUGUGAAUUUCAAGAAAGCAUCCAUACUCUAUCACACCUAACAUAGGUAAAUCUUUUAAAAUUAUGUUUUUGCCUUCAAAUUUUAAUAAAUUACUUAUGUUUUUAUUAUAGCGUAUGGUGGUUUCAGUUACUUGACUGGAAGCCAUUAGAGAAAGAUUUAUCUAUACUUUUUUAUUAUAAUGAAAGUUUUGGUGUACUUUUCCUUGUGACACUUUGCACCAUUCAUUCAGCUAGUGUUUACUGAGGGCUUCAUAUGUACAGCACUUUUCUGGGUGCUAUUGCUUUCAGCAGUGAACAAAAUAAAGCCUUUACUCUCCUGGAACUAGCACUCUGUGUUGGGAGAAAACAUAAACAACAAAGCAGGGUAAGGGUUAAAAAGAGAUGGGAAUGAUAAAUGGAAUAGUUUUACCAUUUGGUUAAACAUCAAACUAUUAUAAAUCACAUGGCCAGAAGCCAUUGAGGUGUUUUAAUUCACAAUAACCAGAGAGCCUCAAACAUUUACCAAGGCACUUAACCGUGUUUAUGGACUACAGCAACGCUCUGAGGUAGGGAACUGUUACCAUCUCCGGUUACAGAUGAGGAGUCUGAGGAGACAUUAUGUGAGUUGCCCAGAAUUACACAGCUGUAAGUAAGUGGGAAGCUGCGAUGUGACCCGAACCCAUUUUUUUUUUUUAAUGUAUGGACUUUAUUAUGUUUCAUUUAUGUGAAUUUUUUCUUUAAAGAUUUUUUCUGAUGUCGACCAUUUUUAAAGUGUUUAUUGCAUUUGUUACAGUAUUGCUUCUGUUUUAUGUUUUGGAUUUUUGGCCACAAGGCAUGUGGGAUCUUAGCUCCCCGACCAGGGAUCGAACCCUCACCCCCUCCAUUGGAAGGCGAAGUCUUAACCACCGGACCACUAGGGAAGUCCCCCUUAUGUGACUAUUUUUAUGGCAAUUUUUUUAAAUUUUGUUUUUUUAUUGACGUAGAGUUGAAUUACAUUGUUGUGUUAAUUACUGCUGUACAGGAAAGUGACUCAGUUACACAUUUAUAUACAUUCUUUUUCAUAUUCUUUUCCAUUACGGUUUAUCAGAGGAUAUAUAAUUCCCUGUGCUCUACAGUAGGACCUUUUUGGUUUUUUUAAAAUACAUCCACUUUUUUUUAAAUAAAUGUAUUUAUUUAUUUUUUUAUUUUUGGCUGCGUUGGGCCUUUGUUGCUGCACUCAGGCUUUCU